CUCAUCGCGCCCACACAACAACACAACGACGGAGAUGGGCAGCAAAGGCGAUGGCGGUGGUGGGGAUGAAGACGAACUGAAACACCUAUUCGAGGGCCUGUACAUAUUCCACGUGCCACCCACAGGCGCUGUCAACCCGCGGUUACACGCGGCAUACCCGCCGCUGGAUGAGCAUUCUGUGGUCCCCGAGGAUAAGCUGGCACUGUUUUGUUUCCCUUACGACACAUCCCACGCCGUUGGACUUCAGCGCCAGUUCUUCACGUUUGGGCUGACAACUGCUAGCAGCGCUCUUUUCUAUGGAUACUGUUUGCAAGAGCAACCUGCAACCCCAGCGUCAACUGCCGUCUUAUUCUGUCUAGUAUCGCGCCUGCCCUGGCACGUCUUCUUCCGCCGACUGUUGGGUGUUGUUGCCGACUCGUAUGAUGUGGAGAAAGGGUUUGGCAGCUCGACCUUCCUCGAUGCUCUCCGGACGGCCCCCGGCGUCUCCCUCUCGGCCCCACUCGCCCAAGCCAUCACCAUCUCUCCGCCAUCACAGAAGAUGGUGCUGCUGCACACGCCAGACUGCCGGCGUCCGCUCGUGCAUUCCGCACUGCCGCUCGUUGACACGCUGGUGAACCGCUUGUCGGCGCCAAACCUCAUGCAGGUCUUCGCAUCCCUCCUCACAGAACGCAGGAUCAUCCAUGAGGAGACACGAACGGUCUGA